UCUCAAAGGUUCUAGUCAUUAUAUGCAUAUGAAAUAGAUUAUUAGAGCAAACAUGACGGAGACGAUUAAAAACAAACUGGAAUUUCCUCACUAUUUUGUCAGAAUUCAAGCUAUUGAACAAUUGCAGACAUCUGCAAGACAUAAACUCAAAACUGGACAAAAACUGAUUUCAGAAUUGGAUAUUCUAUGGCAAAAGUGCUGUGAAUCGAAUGAUUCCAAUACAGCAUGUGCAUGUGCAAAUGCGAUUGUGACUCUGGCCAGAGAAGGAUUGUUGGAUGGAAAUAAAGUGGUUUCAACAGCAGUGAAUUUUUCCUCUCACGCUCCUUGUAUUAGUUGGCUGCUUCACAUCAUUGGUCAAUUACUCAAGUUAGAUGUUUUGAAACAAGUUCAGUCUUGCAAUGAUGCUGUUUUAUAUCGCUGUCCAUAUAAUUUUAGAUCUCCACCCCAUCCAUUUAUAUCCAUUCUUUCAAGCAGUCCAAAUGCAUGGCAUUUAGUGGUUUUGCAAAUUGAAAACUUAUUACAAAUUGACAUUGAUAAUUCUGAUACAAAUCUACUAAAUGGAAUGUUUGCAAUAUUAAAACCAAUUAUUUUGUACAUUCUAUUAAACCCAUCAACUGCAAAUGAAGUGGAUUUAUGCAGAUUUAGACUGUUGACCUGUUUAUUUGAAAUCAUCAUGAAUGAGGACGAAAGGGAUCAGAAAUUAGAAUUCAAGAAAACUAUAUUUCACGUUCUGGAAUAUCAUGACCCAACAGCUAAUACACUUACAUUUUAUGAAAAAGCUGCAGAACUGAAUGAAAAAAAUAUGAUGCUUCUUUUGAAGAUAUUACGUUUCUGUAUCACCACAUCAGAUGCUUGUAAUAAAUUAAUAGCUAUGAGAAUGCUGAGAAGAAUGACAAAAGAUUGUCACUUUGGUACUGUGGAAUUUGAGCUGAUAUUGGUUGCUAUUGCACGAUUCUUAAAAACCCAGCCUGUCAUAGUUUUAUUUGAUGUUCUGUGUUGGAUACAAUCAUUCAUGGAAUUAAUUGAAGAUGUUUCCAGCAUGAUAGUAGACAUGCUAAGACUCACAUUGUUGCAGUUGCAGCUUUUGUGUAGCAUGAAUUUGAUAGAACCAAAAACGAAGAAUCUUCUUCGCAAGGUAUUCACAAGCUUGGAGGAGAAACAAUCCAAUGUAGCAAAUAAAGCAUUCAAAUCUUCUUCAAGUGAAUAUUGUAUUUUGGAUAACUAUGGAAAUGAAGUAUUGUCAUUUGCAAUUACACUUGAGAGAAUUUCUUCAGAUCCUCUACUUUGGCUAAACUCAAUUGAAAAUUUACUCGCAAACAAUUCCGUUGAUAAAAGUGAUAUUUCAAACAUUACUCAUUUGUUAUUAACCUUGCUGCUGAAUACAGCAAAAUUGGAUAUUGGAGAUGAGUAUGUGUCAAAUGUUUUCAGCCACACUUUAAACUGUCUGAUGAAACUAGCCGAUGCAAACCCUCAAUGUUCAUAUUCAAUUUUGCCAGUUUACAUAUAUUUAAUCAAGUGUUCUGAUAUGAUAAUUGUCCACAGGGUUUUCUAUGCACUACCUAGUUUGGCAAACCAUCCUUAUUGUGUGUCACCCAUUUUGAAUAUUUUAAAAUCAAUGUCAUCUAGUCCAUCUCUAAAACCAUUGGCACUAAGGCUUUUGAUUAAUGUUUGGAAGAAUCAAGAUCGUUGUUAUCCACACAUACAAACAAUGAUAUCUGGUGAUGUGAACAGCAUUUGGAAGAAAGAUGAUAAUUAUGAUUUUCAUUUCGUGAAAGGUCUUGCCAUUUGUACAAUAUGUAAAUACCGACCUCAUCAAUAUGGAAGUGAUAUGCUGAAGCUAAUAAAUCGUUUAAUUAUGACACCUGGUCAAGGUAAAUGCCAUAUUGGAAUGGUUUCACUUGCAUUAGAAGCUCUGUACUUUUUAUGUGAAAGCAAAGUCUUGAAUUUAAAAACAAUGUGGGAUGAGGUCGGGCCUCAUUUACAGAAACAGACUGAAGCACUCAUAUGUGCAGGUGUUUUGAAACUUUUAUCACUUGUUCCCAGCUUCAUGACGGAUUCUCAAGAGUAUGAAACUUUCCUUGGAAUUACUUUACCAUGGGUUUGGAAUAAACUUAACAGUACAGAUGAUAUCUCAAUUGUUGAUGCAGCCUUGCAAAGUUUGUCUCACUUUGAUUAUUUGAAUUUUAAAGUUAAGCAUUUCCCGUCAUCUCUUAGGCCACAAAAAAGUGACGAAAUUUCAGAGGAAGAAUAUCUGGAAAAGCCGGUUCCUGGUUCAUGUUUUGGAAAACUUUUACUUACAGUCAACAGUAAAAACUUUGAAUCAUUUCAAAAAUUAUCUUCAUCAAUUCUAAAACAAGAACUGAAAAGUCUUCCGAGGGACAUACAUCACAGAGCAAUGAAAUCACAGUUACAGGCAUCACAACCCAAGCCAUUAAAAGCUAUUCCUGAGUUUAUUGUGAAUUUCUAUGAGCGAAAUAAACAACCAGCAAUGAAGGCAAGUUUAGCCUCUAGUUUGCUUUUAUGUUACCGUUCUUCACCAGAAUUAGAUAGCUCUGGUAAUCCACUUCCAAAAUCAUUGGUCUCACAAGGAAGAAAAGUGAUUGACAUACUGAAAGCAUUACUGAAGGAAGUGUUUAUUGAGCCAAAUAACUGGCAAAGUUUGUUAUGGUGUGCACAUGGUUGGAAGGUUUUUAUGAAGAGAUGUGUAAAUAUUGUGAUAGUUGGCAGGCUUGCUGAGCUUAAUAUGCAAAAAUUAAGAGAUGAUGGUGAUUCCACUGAGGCGCAAGAGGAAUUGGAACAAAAGAUAAACACUGUUAAUUUAUGGUGCAGAGAUAAAAUUAUGAAUGUUUUGAAGGCUGCUUCUAAAGGAAACCCCAGCUCUCAGGGAAAUGCUGUAUUUGCAUUAGCAGCUCUAAUUAUUGCAACAAACACCGGUGAGAAUGAUAUGAAUGAAGAGAAUACUGCCGAGACAAAAAUUGACACAGAAUUCCUUAAAAUGUCACAUUGGACAACAAUGGCCAUUGAUACAUUGAUGAGCAUAGCAAAUCCGAAACAUAUUCCAAGUGGAAGAAUUAUGUCUUGGUGUCAAUAUAGAGCUGUAUCAUCCACUGGUAAGCUUAGCACAACUCAAUUAGGUAAAAUAUGUGCUAUUCAUGCCCUGCCAUUCAUCACAUUGGUUACAAUGCAAAAACACAGUGGAAAAGUUCUUGAAAUGCUUGCAUUCUUGAGAAAGACUAAUUUAUCAGAAGAAGGCAUAACUUUUCACAGCUUUCUUGCCUUGGGCCACAUUCUGAGCGUUAUCUAUCAUGAAAACCUGAAUGAUCAAUUCACAAAUGACGGUGUGUUACUUAUCCAAAAGUGUUUAGAAAUGCUUUAUGAAAAUUUGAACAAUAUCCUGAAAAACAAUGAUAAACAGCUACAGGAUAAUCUUGGAUGCCUGCUUGGUUUUGGGUUAGCUUUCUCAUCUAAACUCCAAAGCUCUGAUCCAUCAUUCAAUGUCGCUGGUAAAGAAGUCAUUUUUAAAUUGAAAGAAAGUCUGAAAAAUGAAGAUCAUUCACCUGAAUGUGCACAAACACUUGCAACUAUUUUGACAUGGACUCACCUCUCUGCAUUUUCCAAUGGUAUAUUUGCAAAUGAUGAAGUAAACAGUUUGGUGGAUAUUCUUCACACUGUUGUAGAUGAAAAUCCAUCUAAAUCUGGUCUUAGUGAAUCACUAGGAACUUUGUGCAAUGGAAUUUUUCUUUUUGGUGAGGGUUCAAUUAGUGAAACAAUGAAUUCACUUUUCAGCAAAUGGUAUGCAAAUUUAAGUAAGGGUCAAAUACCAACUCGGGAAAAGCUUGCAUCUAUUACUGGUAUAAGUGCCUUGGUCGGGGCAAACUCCACUCUAUCCCCUGUUGCUGUGGAUCCCUCCAUGUUGGGAUCUAGUCAGUACUUGUCUAAACUAUCUGGUGUUGUGAAAUCACUGCGUCUAUUAGCAAGGAAUUCUGAUGAUCCGGGAGUUCCUACUAAAGCUACCAUACUUUUGGGUCACUUAUAUAUGUCACUAGAAAGCAACAGCAGCACUAUUGGUUCCAUUUUGCCACCAUCCUAUGAAUACUUACCACAUACCAGCAUUUUGAAAUGUUUAUACAAUCUUUGUAUAGAAGCAAUAAAACCAGAUAAUGUGAUGAAAGGUGAUAUACUCGAUGUAAUCAUGAGAGUUAUAUCUCAAAAUUCGUGGGAUUUUAAGCUUCCUCCAGUGAAUUGGACUUCGGUGCUUUCUCCUUUGCUUCUAGGUAGUUACAGCGAAACAACAAUAAACUCUGUUAUAUCAAUCCUACUUUCACAGUGCAAUCAUUCAUCAGCAUGCUCUUCUCUUUUAUCUAUAUGGAUUUCUAUGAAAAAAUUUGAAUCUAUUCCUUCCUCUGCUCAAGCACUAAUCUAUCAAAAUCUGGAUAAAGUAAUAAGAUGUCAGGAAGAUUUAAAAAUAGCCGACUUUCUUGAGUUAAUAGCAACUCGAUGUAUUGAUAUGCCUUGGAACUCCGACCAAUUUCAAGUAAUGCGUGUGGCCAUCAUAGAUGGUUUAACUAAAUCAUUGAGACAAUCUAGUGCUUUGGCUUCUGGUAUCAAUGAUAUGUUGUAUAACACGGUUGAAGGAUUGUUUAUGAAUUUACCUUUUAUGUGUGACAAUAAAAGACAUAUAGACGUUUUACGAAAGUUGUCUGAAUGCAUAGAAUGCCUGCCUGAUGCCAAUGCGUUGCUUUCAAAUUACGAAGUUGAAAAUGCUCUUUCCAGGAAUCUUCUAAAGUGCUUAUUUAUCAGGUGUUGCUGUACACUUACUGGUACACAUCCACUGAACAUGUGUAAUAAUACAAUUCUCAAGUGUGGUAAAGAUGAAAGUAUUCGUAAUGAGUCUUUGUGGAUCAUUGGUCAAUGUUUAUGUGGUAUUGGAAGAAAAGAACAAGUGCAUAGCCAGAUUGAAUGGCUACAAGAACUGAUGGGUGAGAUUAAGAAAAUAGUCAAAUCUUCAGAGAAACUCUAUCAUGGGCUGUUAGAUUAUUGUAUUGAUAUAUUAUCUAUGGCAGUUGCUUUUUGGUCAACUGCUGGGAGUUCUUUGCCCAUUAUGGGACACUACAAGAAUAGUUACAUGAUUUUGAAAGUUCAGUCUACAUGUCUAAAUGACUGCAAACAUAUGUUUCCGCUCUCCCUAUCAAUGUUAUACAAGUCCGAGAAAUGGGAAAAUUUAAUAAAGCAUAUGACUGAUUGGUUGAUAAUGAUUUUGCAGAAGGUAAAUGUCAUUGGUUCAAUGCAAAGUUGGGAACAACCAUUUAGAGGUGCUCUGUAUGCAGCUGUUAAUACAAAAGGAUACCAAUUACCCUCAGUUUGGUGCAAAGUAGUAACUGCAAUUGUCAAGCCGAUGCUUAGACAAGAUAAUUGAUGGUCUACAAUCAUGAUUCAAAUUUAAUAUCUUUAAGCAAUUAUUUUAUGUUGAGCAUUCCUGCUACUGAUCUUGUCACUGUCAAACACCAUUCACUUUUUAUAGUUGGUAUGGUUUGUUAAAAUAAAAGUCAUAUAUAUAUACGA